AUGGCAAUGGUAACGUGGAGAAACGGCGAGGACGAUGUCGCCCGCGACUCUAAAGGCGGAAUCUCUUCCCCCGUCUCACAAGUCGGACCGUUAUCCCUCUCUACCGACCUAACGGGACACCUCAAUCCCAUAUCCUCUCUGGAUAUCCCCUCAACACAUCAGACACACCAAAGCGCUCAUUCAAGCAAUACAUCUCAUUCUAUCACUAGCCAAACGUGGACUAACUCCGUGGACAAACAACAGCCGCAGCAGAUCGAGUGUGUGGUGUGCGGGGAUAAAUCCAGCGGGAAGCACUAUGGCCAGUUGACAUGUGAGGGGUGUAAGAGCUUCUUCAAACGGAGCGUCAGACGGAACCUCUGCUACACCUGCCGCGCUAGCAGGAACUGUCCCAUUGAUCAACACCACAGGAACCAAUGCCAGUACUGCCGCCUCAAGAAAUGUGUCAAAGUGGGAAUGCGGAGAGAAGGUAACCAAGCUUCUCAUCUCCCUUUAGCCGUUCAGAGAGGGAGGAUGCUCCCUACUCAACCGUACCACGGUCAGUUCUCCAUUACCAACGGAGACCCUCUCCAAUGCCACUCCUACCUAUCUGGAUACAUCUCCCUGCUCAUGCGAGCCGAGCCCUACCCCACAUCCAGAUACAGCACGCAGUGUAUGCAGUCCAACAACCUGGUGGGGAUCGAGAACAUCUGUGAGCUGGCCGCCCGGAUGCUGUUCUCAGCGGUGGAGUGGGCCCGAAACAUCCCCUUCUUCCCUGACCUCCAGAUCACCGACCAGGUCGCUCUGCUCCGGCUCACUUGGAGCGAGUUGUUCGUGCUGAACGCGGCCCAGUGCUCAAUGCCGGUGCAUGUGGCUCCUCUCCUGGCCGCGGCAGGGCUGCAUGCCGCCCCCAUGUCGGCGGAGAGAGUCGUGUCUUUCAUGGACCAUAUCCGGAUCUUCCAGGAGCAGGUGGAGAAGCUGAAGGUUCUGCAUGUCGACUCAGCCGAGUACAGCUGCGUAAAGGCUAUAGUUCUCUUUACGUCAGAUGCGUGCGGUCUGUCAGACGUGACUCACGUGGACGAUCUUCAGGAGAAGUCCCAGUGCGCCCUGGAAGAGUACAUCAGGAACCAGUACCCUAACCAACCGAACCGGUUUGGGAAGCUACUACUCCGUCUGCCCUCUCUACGCACCGUCUCCUCGUCCGUUAUAGAACAGUUAUUCUUCAUCCGGUUGGUCGGAAAAACACCAAUAGAAACUCUCAUUAGGGAUAUGCUGCUUUCCGGAAGCAGUUUUAAUUGGCCUUACAUGUCGAUGCAGUAG